AUGCACGCGGGAUGUCACUUCGAGGUGCCGCGAGACAUAGCGAUGAAACGAGCGGUGGUCGGUGUGAAAUCCAUGGAUAAUGCGUGCUUCGCGUGGUCGGUGGUAGCCGCUCUGUACCCAGCUGAAAGAAAUGCAGAUAGAAAAUCGUCGUACCCGCAUUACACUACAGUGUUAAAUCUCGCGGGUAUCGAGUUUCCAAUGACUCUAAAAGACGUUCUGAAAUUUGAACGCUUAAACGCGGUGUCGAUCAACGUGUACGGCAUCGAGAAUAAGCAGAUCCUUCCUCUACGACUCACAGGCGACAAGAAGGAGAAGCACGUGAACGUGCUGUAUCUACAAGAUCCACGCAAGGAUGGUGUAGGCCACUUUGCAUGGAUAAAGGAUCUAUCUCGCCUCGUGAGAUCGCAACUAACUGAAAAUAAGAACAAGAUAUUCUUCUGUGAUCGAUGCCUGCACUAUUUUGGCUCGAGUGUACAGUUGGAGAUCCACAGCGAGGACUGUCAAAAUUUGAACGACUGCGCCAUUCGCCUGCCGAGCGGGGACGACAGAUGGCUCGAAUUCGACAACCACAACAACAUGGAGCGUGUACCAUUCGUCGUGUACGUCGACCUGGAGUGCGUCCUGCGGAAGACGGAGCCCAACAAAGAAGAUGCGUCGUCGUACGAGUAG